AUGCCCGCAAUGGGCAUGUGGAGCUUCUUUGCUUCCUUUGGGACGGCAUCAGCCUCCUUCGCAGGUAGUUCCUGGGCAGCUCAGAGUGCACACUGCGCUUCGGGGGCCGCUGGCCUCUGCGCCCACCGCGCGCCACCUUUCGCAGAGGCGGCGCUGUGGGCGGCUGGCCAGGUACCUGAAUCCUGCGACAGAUCCGACGAUGCGGACUGCCCCUACGCAAGUGACUUGUGGCAGAGCGUGGCUUCGGCUUGGCGAUAUGCGUGGAACAACCUUCGCUUGGCAAUUCAACACGCAAGUCCGGCUCACCGGCUUCGCCUCACGCCCCGCGAGGUGCAACAAGUUGUGGCCGUGCACGAGUUCAUGUACUGGCUUGGAAACGAUGCCAAGAAGUGGCACGUAGGUUGGCCGGAGAUGAGUAGCACUGCCCGCGCUCUACUGCGGUCGUUGCAGCUUUGGCUGGUAGCUGGAGAGUACCAGCUCGGCAGCCACCUGUCGCUGACUUUGAUGAACCAUGCGCUUCACAUUCCUUUCGCAGGUAGGUCCGUCCAGCUGCCUGCUGGGGACACUGGCGCCCGUGUCUCCCUGUCAAACGGAUUGCCAAUGCCGCUUCUUGUCUUCAGCGUUUGGAAUGUGUGGAAAUUCCCGCUCAAGACCAACGAAGUUUACAAACGCGUGCUUGGUGCACUGCGGGCAGGCUACAGACACAUUGAUAUCGCUCCGCACUAUGGAAGUGAGAAGGAAGUCAGCAUGGCCAUCCGGGAUUCAGGUGUCCAACGAGAGCAGAUCUUCCUAACCAGCAAGCUCGGUGCGAGGGACGGCUAUCCUUUGGGUGCCAAGCGUGCAAUACUGCAGCAGCUGAAACAUUUCGGGUUGGACUACAUUGACCUCUUCAUGCUGAGUCAGCCUAUCCAAGACUCCAUGCUGUUGCGCUCCGUCUGGGAAGUGCUGGAAGCUUUCUACGACAAAGGCAUAUUCCGCUCGCUUGGCGUCAGCAACUUCGACAUGGAGUCUUUUCAGGCUCUACACCAUGCAGUGCGUGUGAAGCCGGUCUACCUUCAAUGCCGGAUGUCGAUAUACCAGAUACUCCCAGAGGAUGUUAACUCCGAGAAGAGUAAGGAUGGCCACAUGCUUGGUUGGACACGGGAGCAUGGUGUGGUCAUGUCUGCCUUUCACGUGGAAGAACGUUUCAACUUCUUGCGGCCACUGGAAGACCCUCACGUCUUGUCCAUUGCGAAGCGAGCAGGCCGCUCGGCUUCGGCGGUGCUGGCGCGAUGGGCCCUGCAGCUGGGCCUUGCCGUGGUGCCUAAGGAGGCCGAGGAGAGAACACGAUGGCAACAGAAAUAUCGCGAAUGA